CGAGGGGCUGAAUGGCCUCCUCCUGCUCCUAUUUUUUAUGUUCUUAUGUACAUUUUCUGCAGUAAAUAAGGAAGAGGUAAGCAGCGGGGAGGGGGGUGUGGGAGGGCCGCUGGGUGGAUGAAGACAAUAUAAACACUUACAGAAAGAGACGCCCAGACCGGGUCUGACAGCUUUGCCAGCGGCGGGGGAUGGAGCCACAGGGCAUCGUAAAAGCCUUUCGGAAAGUGAAGCGAUCGCCAGCCGUGCCCACGGCAAACAGCGCGGAGCCAGUAAAGAGAGCGAAAGCGGGCGGCGAGAUUAAAGGCUCCUGGCUGAGUGGUGUCACCGCCUACAUCAUCCCAGCAGGAAUCGGGAAGGCACGGAUGGAAAUCUUCCAGAAGCAGAUCUCCCAGAACGGGGGCAGUGUAUGGCCUGCGCUCUCCCCCGGGGUUACUCAUGUGAUCCUGGAUGACGGGGUGGAGUGUGAGCGGGCACUACGCCUCCUGAAGGUGUGGCCAGUGCCCGUGGGCGUGCAGCUGGUCAGGUCCUCCUGGCUGAGCUUGUGUAUCUCCGAGAAGAGAGCCGUGAGCACCGCCGAUUACUGCCUGUCUGUGCCGUCACGGCCUCAGCCUCCGGGCCCGGAACCUGGUCCCUCCCCGCUGCAAAACACACAAAGCCAGCCCAGCACCAGCUGUGACCAGCAGCCUCUCACACACCAACCUCCAGAGACACCGGCACCAGGCGCCAGCCAGGGUCACACAGGCUCCACACAGUUUUCUGAAGGUGAGAAUGAAAGUGACGGUGAGGAGGGCAGAGUCUUGGAUAGUGACCUGGAAGCACUAAUCUCAGGGCAGAGCCGGUCUGACCCCCACAGCCAUGCCCCCACCUCCUCCCCCACCCUCUCUCCCACCCUGAGCAGUGGGUGGGUCUGUGCCCAGUCAUCUGACAGCAAGAAACUGAACCACAAUCAGCAGCUGACAGACAAGCUGGCCAUGCUGGGCAACGCGUACACACAGCAGGGAGACCGCUGGCGGGCGCUGGGCUACUCCAAGGCCAUCAAUGCCCUAAAGAGCCACCCAAAGCUUGUCACCUCCUACCAGGAGGCCUGUGGGAUCCCAGGAAUCGGCAAGCGGAUGGCGGAGAAGAUCCAGGAGAUCCUAGAGAGUGGCCACCUGCGCCAACUGGACUUCAUCAGCCAGAGCGUCGCCGUGCUGGAAACCUUCAGCAACAUCUGGGGAGCCGGGUCCAAAACAGCCCAGAUGUGGUACCAACAGGGGUUCAGGACCCUGGAUGACAUACAGGAAAAGGCCAGUCUGACCAAACAGCAGAGAAUCGGCCUAAAACAUUACCACGAUUUCCGGGAGCGGAUGCCGAGGGCGGAGGCUGCCGAGAUCGAGCAGCAGGUGCGGGAGGCGGCGCUGGGGGUGAACGAGGGGCUGCUGGCGAUGGCGUGCGGCUCGUUCCGGCGCGGGAAGCCCACCUGCGGGGACGUGGACGUCCUGGUCACUCACCCCGAUGGCAGGUCUCACUGCGGUGUCUUCAGCAAAAUCCUCAGUGCUCUGCGAGCGAGUGGUUUCCUGACUGAUGACCUGUUGUGGCAGGACAGUGGGAAGCAGCAGAAGUACCUGGGAGUUUGCCGUUUGCCGGGACAGCGACACCGGCGGCUAGACAUCAUUGUGGUGCCACAUAGCGAGCUGGCCUGCGCCCUCCUGUACUUCACCGGCUCGGCACACUUUAACCGCUCCAUGCGGGCGUUGGCCAAGACCAAACAAAUGAGUCUCUCGGAACAUUCUCUGAACCGUGACGUGCUGAGGAGUGGAGCGACCAAAAUCAGCCGCGGCCUCCCCCUGUCCACCCCAACUGAGAGGGAUGUUUUCCAGUGCCUUGGGCUGCCGUACAGAGAGCCACACGAGAGGGAUUGGUGAGGGGUGGGGGAGGAAGGGGGGCAGAGAGAUAUGUGGCCCCCACUCACAUCUGGGACACUGCUGUUUGCCCACAAAAUACAGUCAGUUCACUUUACGGUAUAUUCUAUGAAGAGUUUUGAGACAUCUCGAAGGCGCAAAAUCAAAUGCAAGGAUUAUUAUUAUUAUUAAGUGCAAUAAUCAAGUCUUCACGGUCAAACACUCUGAACCAGGGUUUCACAGGUCUGUCUGUCUCUCUGUCUGCCCUUCGGUUUGGAACAGAACCAAAUGUCUUUCUAAUUUUGUAAACCAUUCUAAUAUAAAUACAUGAUGUAAACCAAAUCAGCAAUUGAUGUAAUUAAGAGCAAGUGUUUAUACUUCCUGCAAUAAUACAAUUUAACUGGUUCCCAAUUUAAUGGUAAACAGAUCAGUGUCCAACUCCUUGCAAUGGUUGGACCCACAUCGCCAUCUCGAGGCAACCAGUAAUAGUGCUGUCUGUCUUCAUCAUUGAAGAAACUUUACUCCAAAAACCA